AUGAGAUGGCACAAAGAGAAGCGUCCUAACACAAAUGGAGUAUUGAGGCAUCCAGCAGAUGGAGAAGCAUGGAAGCACUUUGAUGAACAAUAUCCGAUAUUUGCUAUGAAUCCUCGUAAUGUCCGGCUAGGUGCUGCCACUGAUGGAUUUAAUCCUUUUAGUAACAUGAGUACUUCGUAUAGCAUGUGGCCAGUGAUGUUAGUGCCUUAUAACCUGCCACCUUGGAAGUGCAUGAAAGAGACUUUUUUGAUGAUGUCACUAUUAAUACCAGGCCCAACAACACCUGGAAAAGACAUUGAUGUGUACUUACGGCCUAUGAUUGAUGAAUUGAAAGAUCUAUGGACAAAUGGUGUCACCACUUAUGACAUCUCUAAAAAGGAGAGGUUUACAAUGCAUGCAGCAGUGUUGUGGACAAUACAUGACUUUCCAGCAUAUGGAACACUUUCUGGAUGGAGUACCAAAGGAUACAAAGCAUGUCCGACUUGUAAUGAAGAUACUUCUUCCCAAGCUUUAAGAAGUAAGAUUUGUUACAUGGGACAUCGUCGAUAUUUAUCCAUAAAUCAUGCAUGGAGAAAUAAUCGACAAUAUGAUGGAAAGCUUGAACGAAGGUUAGCUCCAAAGCAGUUUUCAGGAGCUGAAAUAUUACAACAGUUAGAUAGGACAAUUGAGAGCAGAUCGGGGAAACAUCCUAACAAUGUGGAUAAAAAGAGAAAGCGUGCUGCCUUUGGAACAAUGUUGGACAUCAAAGGUAAGUCGAAGGAUACUGACAAGGCACGUAUGGAUUUAAAGGAUCUGAAAAUUCGAAAAGAAUUGCAUUUACAAGAAACUGGCGAUAGCUAUGCUGCUAAUAUUUCAAAGAAUGUGAACAUUAAGGAUGGUAAGAUAUCAGGUUUGAAAACUCAUGAUAGUCAUGUUCUUUUGCAACAACUUUUUCCGGUGGGUAUAAGACCUUACAUUAAGAAAGAGGUUUGUGGAACAAUUAUUGAAAUGUGCAUGUUCUUCCAAAAACUUUGUGCACGAACUCUAUCUGUUUCAGACUUGGAUAUGUUACAAAAGGGGAUAAUACUUACAUUGUGUAAAUUGGAAAGAAUAUUCCCUCCAGCCUUUUUUGAUAUCAUGGUUCAUCUAGCAGUUCACCUACCAUAUGAGGCAAAAAUGGCAGGACCAGUACAUACUCGUUGGAUGUAUCCUUUUAAAAGAAAUAAAGCUCAUCCAGAAGGUUCAAUAGCAGAGGGUUAUGUUGUCAAUGAGGCAUUAACUUAUUGUUCAAUGUACCUUCAUGGUAUUGAAACUCGAUUCAAUCGGCCAGAACGUAAUAAAGAUGGUGAGAAUCAGAUUGCUUCGACUUUGUCAGUAUUCACUCAACCUGUGAACUUGUUGGGGAAACCUCAAUUUGUUGAACUGAAAGAUGAUGAUUAUAAAAAAGCUCAUUGUGAGCACACCAAACUAUUGCAAAACAGGGGUGUCACAAGUAUUCUGCGGGUACAAGAAAAGGAAUUUCCACAAUGGUUUGAACAAAGGAUAAAAUAUUUCAGUAGAUGUAAAUAUCCAAUGGUAACUGAUGAGUUGUACUCACUAGCAUGUGGUCCUGAUUAUGGAAUAAGAUCAUAUAGUGGAUGUGUAGUAAAUGGAGUUCGAUAUCGUACAAAAGUUCGUGAUGAUAGAUGUGCAUGGUUUGACACAAAUGUGAAAAAGAAAAAGAUGAUCACAGAGUUUCAAAUCACAAGCAUUAAUGUCACUUCAUAUUGGUAUAAGAAUGACCCUUUUGUCCUUGCCUCACAAGCUAAACAAGUGUUUUAUGUGGAUGAUUACAAGAUGGGUCAACAUUGGAAAGUGGUUCGAAAGGUGCAUCAUCGUCAUCUGUGGGAUUUUCCAGACCGAUUAGAUGAAGGUGAUGAUCAUGGUGAUUCAUUUGAAGUUUAA